AUGACUCAGGUAUUAGAUCUUAUGUCUGAUUAUCUUGAUCUAAGAGGUAUUAAACAUGAAAGACUUGAUGGAUCUGUUGGUCUACAAGAAAGGAAGGAACGCAUUGAUUCAUUUAAUCAAAAAAAUGAAGACGCCAUGGUCUUUAUGCUCUCCACCAGGCAAGUUAUAGCAGCAACUGCAGCAGCAGCAGCAGCAGCAGCAACAGCAGCAGCAGCAACAGCAACAGCAGCAACAGCAGCAGCAGCAGCAGCAGCAGUUGUCAUACAAACAGCUGGAGGCUUGGGGCUGAAUCUGCAAGCAGCAGACACUGUUAUCCUUUUUGAUUCGGACUUUAAUCCCCAUCAAGAUCUUCAGGCUAUGUGCAGAGCACACCGUGUUGGGCAAACUAAACAAGUCAACGGUGUAGAAGAAGUUAUCCUUCAAAGGGCGAAUAAAAAACUCUCAAUUGAUCAAAAGGUGAUUCAAGCAGGAAUGUUUGAUAAUAAAUCUAGCGAAGACACAAGAGAAGAAAAAUUACGUCUUUUGCUUCUUUUAGGAAAAAGUACAGGAACUAAUGCUAAGGCUACUACUCCUCUACAGCUGAAUCGUAUAUUAAGUAGAUCGGAAGAAGAAUUUGAAUGGUUUAAUAAAUAUGAUCAAGAAUUAUUUAAUGUAGAUUAUAAUGGUCUCCUUUUAUCAGCAGAUAAAAGUGUCUCCUUAGAGCAGCAGCAGCAAUUAUUAGAGAAUUCUUUUUAUACAGAGGAGGAGGAUCUACAACAGCAGCAGCAGCAGCAGCAGCAACAGCAGCAGCAGCAGCAGCAACAGCAGCAACAGGAGGAGAAAAUGAAUCAGGAGAAGGAACAAAUUGGAUGGUAA